GGUGCCCCCCCGGUUUGGCGGGGAGGGGAGGGGGGGAAGAGGCGCUGCCGCCCCCAGCCCGGCCCGGGGGUGUCGGGGGGGCCGCGGGGAGCGGCGGAGGGGGCGGCGGGGCCCGGAGCUGCCUCCUGCGAGGGUAGGGAGGGAGGAAGGCAGCCCUCCUCCUCCUCCUCCGCCUCCUCCGCCUCCUCCGCCCGCUGCUCCCGGCGACACGGGCGAUUUGCAUUUUAAAUGACCCCGAGCCCGCCCCCAGCGCUCGGUAGCGGGCCGCAAAGUUUGUCCUCGGCUCGCUGGACAAAACAAAUCCGGAUUAAAAUCGGUGUUCGAGGCAGCGGAGGCGCCGAUCCCGGCUCGGUUUGUUUGGAAUGCGCCCAGGGCUCCGGGCUGCUCGGGCCGCGCUGUUUUCCCGGCUGCUGUUAGCCCGUUCCUGUCCCGGUUGUUGUUUUACCCAUCAGUUUCACGGUUGUUGUUUUAUCCCAUCAGUUUCCAGGUUGUUGUUUUAUCCCAUCAGUUUCCCGGUUGUUGUUUUAUCCCAUCAGUUUCCCGGUUGUUGUUUUUAUCCCGUCCCUGUCCCGGUGCAUCUCCAGCUCCUCCUGCUCUCUCUCCCGUGUCCGUUCCCGGUGCUCGCUCCUGGCUCUGGGUGUCCGUGGCUCCAGCUCUGUCUGUGGGUUUGGCUCUGGCCCUGUCCACGAUCCAUCCCUGUCCCUGUCUGUGUGUCCAUCCCUGUCCCUGUCCCUGUCCCUGUCCCUGUCCCUGUCCCUGUCCCUGUGUCCAGAACAGUUUUGAAGGGCCAGGAACAGUUCCAGAGGGUCAGGAACAGUUUGAGGGAGGCAAGAGCUGUCCCAGAGUCCCAGGAAGAGUUUCGGAUUUUCCAAGCCAGAUCCAGAGGGGCAGGAACGGUCUCAAAUAUUCCAGAACAGUUUCGGAAGGGCAGGAACAAUUCCAGAGGUGCAGGAAGAGUUCCAAAUAUUCAGGAAGAGUUUUCAGGGGGUCAGGAACAGUUCCAGAGGGUUGGAUUGAGUUCCAGAUGUUCAAGAACAGUUCCAGAUUUUCAAGAGCAGCUCCAGAGCGUCAGGAAGAGUUUGGGAUUUUCAAAACCAGAUCCAGAGGGGCAGGAGCAGUCUCAGAUACUCGAGAACAGGUUCAGAGGGCCGGGAGCAGUUCCAGAUUCCCAGAAGAGCUUUAGAAGCGCAGGAGCAGCUCCAGAGGGUCAGGAACAGCUUUUAGGGGUCAGGAGCAGUUCCAGAUUUUCAAGACCGGUCCCAGGGCAUCGGGAAGAGCUGUGAACUUUCCAGGAGAGUUUUGGAGGUGCGGGAGCAGCUCCAGAGGGUCAGGAGAGGUCUCCGAGCCCCGCUGGAGCCUCGGCCUGUGCCUGCGGGGAGCUCAAGGAGCUCAUUUGGGGUUUCUGGGGGCCCUGCGGGCUGUGGUGAUUCCCCUUUUGGAGCCCGGCCCAGCCCCUGCGGCUUUGGGGAGGUUUUUAUUCCCAAAAUAGCUCAAACCCCAAAAAGGAGCCCUGGGGCUCAUCCUGCACAAGGGAAAAAACAGGAAAUAAACAGCGAGAACAGGGAGAAAAAUAGGGAGGAAUAGAGGAAAAGCCCAGGGAAAACAGGGGGAAAACCAGGAAGUAAACAGGGAAAACACAGAG